CAAAGGAGUGCAAGUGUGAGUGUGAGUGUGGGUGUGUGUGUAAGAAAACAAAGAGUGAGAAAACCAAAAAAAAAAGGAAAGGAUGAAAAUGAGAUCUAAAACUUUCCUGUUUUUGUUAAUUUCUGCAGUAUUUUUCUUCUCAGAAACAACAUUUGCAGAAAAUAAUGAGGAAGAAAAAGCUGUUGAAGGUCUUGUUAUGAAUUACUACAAGGACACUUGUCCUCAAGCUGAAGACAUUAUCAAAGAACAAGUCAAGCUUCUUUACAAACGCCAUAAAAACACUGCUUUUUCUUGGCUCAGAAACAUCUUCCAUGACUGUGCUGUUGAGUCAUGUGAUGCAUCAUUGCUGUUGGACUCGACAAGGAGGAUGAUGUCAGAGAAAGAAAUGGACAGGAGUUUUGGGUUAAGAAACUUUAGGUACCUUGACACAAUCAAGGAAGCUAUUGAAAGAGAAUGCCCUGGUGUUGUUUCUUGUGCUGAUAUCCUUGUUAUCUCGGCUAGAGACGGUGUCGUUCAGCUAGGAGGACCUCAUAUACCUUUGAAAACUGGAAGGAGGGAUGGAAGAAGGAGCAGAGCUGAGAUAUUAGAACAAUAUCUCCCAGAUCACAAUGAGAGUAUGAGUACUGUGCUUGAAAAGUUCAAGUCUAUUGGCAUUGAUGCCAAGGGAGUUGUUGCUUUGCUAGGAGCUCACAGUGUAGGAAGAACCCAUUGUACAAAGAUAGUCCACAGGCUAUACCCGGAAGUCGACCCGGCCUUGAACCCGGACCACGUACCCCACAUCCUCAAGAAAUGCUACGACCCGAUCCCAGACCCGAAGUCGGUCCAAUACGUGCGAAAUGACAGAGGUACCCCUAUGAUUUUCGACAACAACUACUACCGGAACAUAUUGGACAGCAAGGGUUUACUCAUUGUGGACCAUCAACUGACCACGGACAAGAGGACUAGACCCUAUGUGGUCAAGAUGGCUAAGAACCAAGACUAUUUCUUUAAGGAAUUUUCGAGGGCUCUAACCAUUUUAUCCGAAAACAACCCGCUUACGGGUACUAAGGGUGAGAUUAGGAGGGAAUGCAGUGUUGUUAACAAGCUUCAUUAGAUCAUUAAUUAAUUAAACAAUGUAUGAUCAAUCCUUACUUCUUUUGGAUUAGUGUUUACUAAAAAGUUGUGUUAAUUAAUUAAGCAUUAGAAAUAAGAUGGUGCUUAAUCAUUUUAGUUCUAUAGUGUUAUAUAUAGUGACCUUAUAAAUGAUUUCAUAUGCCAUCAUAGUUUAAGUUUCUUUGCUUUCAAUGUAAUGAGUGUAGUAGGGUUAAGAUGUAAGGCAUUGAUCAAUUAAUAUAUUAAUCCCCCUUUUCAUGUCGUA